GCACCGUUUAAUAACACGUGAAAUAAAAAUGUCUCAUAAUCUUAUCACAUCACAAAUAUACUUGUAUUACGGAAUACUAAGCCCAACAAAAGCUUUAACAGAAAAGCCCAUCUACCCCACAAAACUUCAGGAAUGAAUGCAGCCACAAAAACAGUGCGGAAUCUAAUUGUCUUCCGAUCGAUAAGAUUCGUCGUCGCCGAGAAGUCACAGAGCCGCCGAUCGAAGCCGAAAGUGCAGUGAAAGUCACCGGAUCUCUUUGUUUCGGAACCAGAGGCUAACCCCACCACUACGCACAUCACUUUAACAGCCGAACACCUCUGCUCAUUCGCGGUUUUCCCCGCGCUCUAAUAUACAUUGCCCUAUCCCGCUGCUAUCUCAGUCGUGUCCUAAUCGUGUCUGAGAUUUAUUCCCUCGUAUCCGGUCAAUGGUACACUAGGCGGUGUCCUUGACACGUGUCCCUUGUUCGAACCCGCCGUUUUUCCUAAAAAAAUCAGGCGCGUCUGUGCUUCCUAAACUUCCUUGAUCGACGAAUGCUGGAUAUUUGAAGGCAAUUGCUAGAAGAAGGUUCUUUGAAUGUAUGCGGUGCUAGUUCUGUGAGUUUCGACAUGGCUGGGAAUGCAAGGUUCGAAAUAAAGUCUACUAGCCCUGAUUCAGGAUUUGCAAGCAGCUACAGUAAUGGGCAAAGAGUCUCUUAUGCUGGUCCUAUCUUAGACAGAUCGGGGAGCUUCAGCGAGGGGGCCAGUAGCCGGAUAUUUGGUUACGGGAAGGGUACAUCUCGUGCCAGUACUUCAAUGUUGGGAGAGACUUCUACUGUAUCUCAAUGUCUUAUGUUUGAACCAAUUCUAAUGGGUGAACCAAAGUAUCCCCGUUCUGUUGAGUUGAGAAGGGUGCUGGGGGGUGUAUCUGUAGGGAGCACCUCCGAAGAUAAUUCUUUUGGUGCUGCUCAAUUGAAGCCUUCUCAUCUGUCAUCUAUAGAUGAAGUAAAGCGUUUUAGAGCUAAUCUUGCAGAUACAUGCAAUAAGGCUAGUGUUAGAGCAAGAAGGUUCGAUGAUCUCCUUCAUAGACUGAGCAAGUAUAGUGAAGUCACAAGGAAGCAGCAAAGGAAUGAGAUGUUAUUAAAUGAAAGAUCAGGUGUUUCACACUUAAAAAUGGGGAAUCAGAUUCAUCGAGGGCCUACAGAAUUAGUAACUCAGAAGAUAGAUGAGCGUCCUAAGAAUGGUACUCUGAAUAAGCGCACUCGCACAUCAGUAGCAGAAACUCGGUCUGAAUUCCGGAGUAAUGGUUUACAGAGGCAGCCUGUACAAAUGACAAAAGAGCGAGAUAUGCACAAGGAUGGCAAUGCAGAUCCUGAUAUGGCUGAAGAAAAGGUUCGCAGGUUGCCUGCUGGAGGUGAAGGGUGGGACAAAAAAAUCAAAAGGAAACGCUCGGUUGGUGCAGUCAAUUCAAGACCUAUUGAUGAUGAUGGUGAACUAAAACGGAAUUUGCAUCUUAAACUUUCUGGUGAAGCUGGCUUGCCAUCUUGUGAUUCUCACGGUUUCAGAUCAGGAAUGUCUAGUGCUGCUGGUGGCUAUAGUAAGUCAGAGGGUACUUCACCUGCUAGUUCCAGUGGUCGUGCACUCCAAAGUGAACAAGAAAAGUCCCCUCUAUCAAGGGAUUCAACAGCUGGACUGAACAAGGAGAAAUUUUUAGCAAAAGGAAGCAUCAAAUAUAAUAGCUGUGAUGAAAUCAAUGCUUGCCCUAGUCCAAUAACAAAAGGGAAGGCAUCAAGGGCCCCAAGAAGUGGAUCUAUGGUUGUAAAUAAUUCAGCUUCCACUGUUCCUCGAGUACCUCCAAUCCAUGAAAGCUGGGAACAGUCAUCAAAUGCAAUAAAGAACCUCUCUGCUGGUGGUGCCAAUAAUCGCAAGCGUCCAUUUCCUGCAGGAUCAUCUUCGCCUCCCAUUACACAGUGGAUUGGUCAGAGGCCUCAAAAAAUUUCUCGAACAAGGAGGGUUAAUCUUGUAUCUCCAGUGUCAAACAAUGAUGAGAUACAGUUAUCGUCUGAUGGGUGUUCCCCUUCUGAUUUUGGAGCUAGAUUAACUACCAGUGCUGUAAAUGGUUCUAUUUUACCAAAACCCCCCACCAACGGAGCACAAAACUUAAAAGUCAAGACUGAGAGUAUUUUAUCUCCAGCCAGGUUAUCAGAAAGUGAAGAGUCUGGGGCUUGUGAGAACAAAUUAAAAGAUAAAGUCAUUGUCUGUAGUGAGGGAGAGGAAAAGGCCGGAAAUACUGUUCCAACUAUUGGGCCUUCUCCCUCACACAUGAAGAAGAACAAGUUCCUUGCCAGAGAAGAAAUUGGUGAUGGAGUACGAAGACAAGGGCGCAGUGGAAGAGUUUCAUCGUUCACUAGGGGUAAUAUUUCCCCUACAACGGAGAAGUUGGAUAUUUUGUCCACUCCAAAGCCACUUCGACCAACAAAGCAUGUUGAAAAGAAUGGCAGUAAGUCUGGCCGUCCUUUGAAAAAGCAGUCUGAGCGCAAAGGAUGUUCUCGCCUUGGGCAUCCAACAAGUAGUGGGUCACCCGAUUUCACUGGGGAUUCAGAUGAUGGACGUGAGGAGCUUCUAUCUGCUGCAAACUCGGCGUAUAACUCUAGUGUUCAUGCAUGUUCAAAUGUAUUCUGGAAGAGAGUAGAAGCAUUUUUUGCUUCUAUCAGUUCAGAAGAGAAGCUCUACCUAUCAGAUCAGUUAAAAUCAUCAGAAGAGCUUCAUGCAAAACUAACAAAGAUUUCAUGCUCGCAUAAUGGUGCUCUGGGCACUCAUGUGCAUGAUGAAAUUUCUCUAUCAGAUGCUAUUUCUGGGGACUGCAAAAUAUGCAUCAAUAGUCAAAGUGGAUCAAAAAAUCCGGACAGUGCAGAUCUUGCGGAUAAAGUUCAAGAUUACAUUCUAUCUACAAACCUAAAUACUAACCAGAAUUUUGACAAAGUGACUCCACUGUAUCAAAGAGUGCUCUCUGCUCUGAUCAUUGAGGAUGACCUGGAAGAGCUUGAAGAAAAUGGGCUUGAAAGAUCUUCAUCCCCUGACAAGGCAUCUCGUUGUGUUGACCUUGAUAGUACUAGAAAUAUGGAUAGGACAGAGUUUGAAUGUGGAUCAGUAGUUAGCAUUGUUCAGUUAGAGAAGAAUGGAACAUCAAACAAGUUCGCUUCUUGCAAUGGAUGUAGUACAUACACUGGAAUUCGUAAUCUUCCAAAUGGUAAUGAAGUGCCUCUAAGGAAGAACGGUUUUGUGCAUUCAGAGAUUGGGUUGCUGGUUGACCUUUCAAGAUGUAAUAACUCGGAGGGUCUGCAGAAUCAGUUGACAAGUGGUGUUAGCAUUUCUUCUUUGGAUAAACAAUAUGCUCAAAUGUCUCUCAAUGAUAAACUUUUGAUGGAGCUUCAGAGUGUUGGACUCUAUGUAGAAACCGUGCCUGAUUUAGAAGAUAAAGAAGAUGAAAUGAUCAACCAAGAAAUCAUUCAACUGGAGAGGGGAUUAUAUCAACAGAUUGUUAGAAAGAAGGAUUACCUUGGUAAAAUAUCUCACCUAAUACAAGAAGGCAAGGAUGUGGAUCGCCGGGACCCUGAGCAGGUUGCAAUGAAUAAGCUCGUCGAGUUGGCUUACAAGAAGUUGUUGGCAACUCGAAAAGCUUCAAAAAUGGGGUUGCCUAAGGUGUCAAAACAGGUGGCAUUGGCUUUUGCAAGGAGAACACUUGCCAGAUGUCGAAAAUACGAGGAAACAGGGAAAAGUUGCUUUAAUGAUCCCAUUUAUCGGGAUAUUAUUUAUGCUUCUCCUCCUCGGUUUUGUGAAGCUGAGCUUUUAGCAGGGUCCAACAUUUCCAGUAAAUCUGGGAUAGUAGAUCCUUACAAUAAUAAUCAAUCAGAGCAGGCUUUUGCAAGAAAUGGACCAUUAUCAAACAGAGGGAAGAAAAAGGAAGUAUUGCUUGACGAUGUAGGCGGAACUACCUUCCGAACCGCCACCACUCCUCUGGAUGGCCCUACCCUGUUUGGCAGCGCCAAAGGAAAACGAAGCGAGAGAGAUACGUCUUCAGUCAGAAACGCAAAAACAGGGCGUCCUUCACUGGCGAGCAACCCUAAAGGUGACCGAAAAACGAGAACAAAGCCCAAGCAGAGGACUGGGCAGCUUUCCACCACAUCUUAUAACAAGUUCUUGGAAGCCCCAAUCCCCAUGGAAUCACCAGUCAUCAAUACUGAUAAUGGAAAUGUGAAAAAUGAAUGUUCUAGAGAGGUCAAGAAGGAAUCUGCGGACCCAAUAUCAAAUUUGCCAUUAUUAAACGAAAUUGUUGACACGAUAGGAGAAGAACUAGGACCCGAUCUUGGUGCACCUCAGGAUUUGAAUUCUUGGUUCAACUUUGACGUGGAUGGUAUGCAAGAUCAUGAUUUCAUUGGCCUGGAUAUUCCGCCUGAUGACCUCUCGGAGUUGAAUAUGUUUUAGAUGUGGUCAUUUACUCACUGUAAAUGUUGUGGGUUAUUUACUUUAACUGUUAACGGUCACUCAUAUUUUAUUAACAUAUAUAUAUAUAGAUAUAUAUAUGCAUGGCCAAUUGGUAUUGUAAUUAUAGCUUCUUUUUGAUAAAUAAUGUAGAAAAUUAUCAUUGUUAAUGCAAUCUAGUCGUCAAUACUGCCUUAUGCGUUUGAUGUGCAAUUU